AUCAUUCGUCCUUGCCGCCAUAUAGAAACGCCCGGCAAUUGUUAAAAGCUCAUCCCCAAACGGACGGAUAUAUAAGGCUGUGCGGAUUGCUACCAAAAGCAUCAGUUCUUCCAGCUCCAUCCACUACUAAACAACAAUGCAUCAGUUUGUCCUCGUCGUCGUUUUCGCUGUUGCAGCUUUUGCAGCUGAGCUACCGUACCCCAAACCACAAGCAGCUGGUUAUCCCGCUCCCAGUUAUAACCAGGAGCCCCUGAUGCCGUACAACUUUGGGUACGCAGUCAACGAUGCUCCGACUUACAACAACUUUGCUCACCAGGAGACGGCCGACACCAAAGCCGUGACCGGAUCUUACCGUGUUGCUUUGCCCGAUGGCCGCACCCAGAUCGUCACUUAUAAGGCCGACGAAUACGGAUACGUUGCCGAUGUGAAAUACGAGGGUGAAGCCAAAUAUCCUGAAUACAGUAAACCAGCUUACCAACAAGCUUACCAACCGGCACCAGCCCCCAGCUACAAACCCUGAACACUUAAGUCAGAGCGUUUGAUAACAUCAACAUAUUAGCCCUCAACUUGUAUACAUAAAUCCCAACUAUAGAUACCAAAUAAGCUCUAGAGAUAAACAUUCGGAUAAUACGUGAAUCAAAGAGAAUGUAUUACUUACCUGAUUUCCCUGAACAGUUUUGAACCCCCAAAAUGUGAAAUUUGCAUGCAGAUGAAUCAGAAAUAAAAUUACAAUUUUACCUCUAAA